UAAAGGCCGCUGCAGAGGAAGAAGUGAUUCUGCUGAGAUGGCACCACGCCACGAGGAAAAUCUCUGAGACGGGAACGUGACAAACAAAGGAGGAAGGAUUUCACAAGCAGCUGCACACGCAAAGAAAGUUACACAGAAAAAUCAACAAUAUCUGCUAUGAUAACAGGGGAAAGCUGCAGGAAGGAUAAACAUCUGGCUGCUAUCAAACACUGAAGCAGGUCUAUUGAUCUACCUUUGAUGAUCCUCCUGAUCAUCAUCUCGGUCUCCUGGCUCUCCUCCGGUGGUCCUCCAGGUCCAAUGAUCCUCUGCUGGUUGUCCUCCUGAUCCUCCUCGUGCUCCAACACAACCCUUCAGCUCAUCUGAAUCUCCAGACCCGUUGAACAGUUCAUUCAGUAGUUGGUUUCUCAGUGACAAUGGCUACCAACUCCCCUAAAGACAAGUAUUUGGGCGUGUGGAUGAUAUUCUUCAUGCUUGGUCUGGGAACCCUGCUGCCCUGGAAUUUCUUCAUGACUGCUACCAUGUACUUCCAGAAACGUCUAAAGGAACCUCUUUCUGCUGAGGUUUCAGUCAAUCAGAGUGAGUCGGUACCUCCGAGUGUUUUAGAGGCCAAAUUCAACAACGUUAUGACCCUCUGUGCCAUGCUGCCGCUGCUUCUCUGCACCUGUCUCAACUCCUUUCUGCACUCACUCAUUCCUCAGCGUCUGCGUGUGAUGGGAAGUCUCUCCGUCAUCAUGAUUGUCUUCAUCAUCACUGCCAUCCUUGUCAAAAUUCCUCUAGAGCCGCUGCCUUUUUUUUCCAUAACCAUGGUGAAGAUCAUAAUCAUCAAUUCCUUCGGUGCAGUGCUGCAGGGCAGUCUCUUUGGGAUGGCCGGUUUGCUUCCAGCUUCAUACACGACUCCCAUCAUGAGCGGCCAAGGCCUCGCUGGCACCUUUGCUGCCUUUGCAAUGAUCUGCGCCAUUGCAAGUGGUUCUGAGAUGGAGAGUGCAGCAUUCGGUUAUUUCAUCGUAGCCUGUGUAGUCGUUUUCCUGUCCAUCCUGUCCUAUAUCAUGUUACCAAAAUUGGAGUUCUUCCAGUUUUUUCAAGAACAAAACAGAAAACCAACUUCGGAUGAUGAGCAAAAUGCAGUUACCCUGAUGAACACGGAGCUUAAAGAUGCUACAACUGAUGAGACGGACCAGAGCAUCUCCAUGAUGAAGAUUUUUAAGAAGAUUUGGGUCCUGGCGUUGUCGGUCUGCUGCACCUUCACCGUCAGCAUCGGCAUUUUUCCUGCCAUCACCUCUGACACUAAAUCCACUCUUGCUAAUGGAGGCCCCUGGGAGCGAUACUUCAUCCCUGUCAGCUGCUUCCUGCUCUUUAAUCUGUGUGACUGGACUGGGCGGAGCCUAACAGCUGUAUGCAUGUGGCCAGGUAGAGACAGCCUGGUCCUCCCCCUCUUCAUUGUGGCUCGGGUGCUCUUCAUUCCUCUCUUUAUGCUGUGUAACGUUCAGCCUCGCCUCCAUCUGCCAGUCUACUUCCAACACGAUGGCUACUUUAUCGCCUUUAUGGUUCUAUUUGCCUUCAGUAAUGGCUACCUGGCCAGCCUCUGUAUGUGCUAUGGACCAAAGAAGGUUCUACCUCAUGAAGCGGAAACUGCUGGAGCUAUAAUGGCUUUCUUCCUGUCUCUGGGUUUGGCUUCAGGAGCUGCUGCCUCCUUCCUGUUCAGGGCACUGGUCUAACUGGGACACCUUCAUAUUAAUCUUCUUUUAAUGGACUGGACUUUAUUUUCUACCUUAAAGCGAUCCGUCGUAACUGGUUGACUGUUAUACUGGGUAUGACCAGAUGAAGAUCUGUUGGCUGAUAUAACAAGGAUGAACAUAAUGACGUAUUUUACACCUUUUCUAACGAUGGUGCUGUUUAUUAUGUGUUUUUUUAAGUAUAUUUAAAUAUUUUAAACUUGGAACAUUAUAAACUGUUCCAGAAUAUAAAGAACGUCUGAUAUUUAACAUCAAGCCUACUAUAUCUUUAAAGGUAAUUUUCAUCAGUUUGAAAUCAGAGUGUUUAAAAGUUAAAAUGCAAAUAAAUAAAUCUGAAUGGCAAAGACAGACU